CAUUUCUUUCUUCACUGUUAGAAUGAAUAUGUAAAGUUCCUGCCAACCAGUGAGAAUUGCUUCCUUUGGAUAGUUUUUGUUCUACUUACUGCACAACUGUUUUGGAAGUUCCUUUUUUGGUGCCAUGUUCUGUGGCUUGCAUCAAAAGAGAGGUUUGUCUUCAUGAAGAUUCCUAACAUUGGUAAUGUGAUGAAUAAAUUUGAGAUCCUUGAGGUUGUAGGUGAAGGAGCCUAUGGAGUUGUUCUUAAAUGCAGACACAAGGAAACACAUGAAAUUGUGGCGAUCAAGAAAUUCAAGGACAGUGAAGAAAAUGAAGAAGUCAAGGAAACGACUUUACGUGAGCUCAAGAUGCUUCGCACUCUCAAGCAGGAAAACAUUGUGGAGCUGAAGGAAGCCUUUCGUCGGAGGGGAAAAUUGUACUUGGUGUUUGAGUAUGUUGAAAAAAAUAUGCUCGAAUUGCUGGAAGAAAUGCCAAAUGGAGUUCCACCUGAAAAAGUAAAAAGUUAUAUCUAUCAGUUAAUAAAAGCUAUUCACUGGUGCCAUAAGAAUGAUAUCGUCCAUAGAGAUAUAAAACCAGAAAAUCUCUUAAUCAGCCACAAUGAUGUUCUGAAACUGUGCGACUUUGGUUUUGCACGGAAUCUUUCAGAGGGCAAUAAUGCUAAUUAUACAGAGUAUGUGGCCACCAGAUGGUAUAGGUCCCCAGAACUCUUACUUGGCGCUCCCUAUGGAAAGUCCGUAGACAUGUGGUCAGUAGGCUGCAUUCUUGGGGAGCUUAGCGAUGGACAGCCUUUAUUUCCUGGAGAAAGCGAAAUUGACCAACUUUUUACUAUUCAGAAGGUGCUAGGCCCACUUCCGUCUGAACAGAUGAAGCUCUUCUACAGUAAUCCUCGUUUCCACGGGCUCCGGUUUCCAGCUGUUAACCAUCCUCAGUCACUGGAAAGAAGAUACCUUGGAAUUUUAAAUAGUGUUUUACUUGACCUAAUGAAGAAUUUACUGAAGUUGGACCCAGCUGACAGAUAUUUGACAGAACAGUGUUUGAAUCACCCUACAUUUCAGACCCAGAGACUUUUGGAUCGUUCCCCUUCAAGAUCCGCGAAAAGGAAGCCUUACCAUGUGGAAAGCAGCACAUUGUCUAAUAGAAACCAAGCCAGCAAAAGUGCCGCUUUACAGUCUCACCACAGAUCCAACAGCAAGGACAUCCAGAACCUCAGCGUCGGGCUGCCCCGGGCUGACGAAGGUCUUCCCGCCAAUGAAAGCUUCCUGAAUGGAAAUCUUGCCGGAGCAACUCUUAGUCCGAUGCACACCAAAACCUACCAAGCAAGCACUCAGCCCGGAUCUGCCAGCAAAGAUCUCACCAACAACAACAUACCACACCUUCUCAGCCCAAAAGAAGCCAAGACAAAAACAGAAUUUGAUUUUAACAUUGACUCAAAACCUUCAGAAGGCCCCGGCUCAAAGUACCUCAAGUCAAACAGUAGAUCUCAGCAGAACCGGCACUCGUUCAUGGAAAGCUCCCAGAGCAAGGCCGGUACCCUGCAGCCCAGUGAGAAGCAAAGCCGUCAUAGCUACAUCGAUACCAUCCCCCAGUCCUCUAGGAGUCCCUCCUACAGGACCAAGGCCAAAAGCCAUGGGGCACUGAGUGACUCUAAGUCUGUGAGCAACCUUUCUGAAGCCAGGGCCCAAAUCGCAGAAUCCAAUACCAGUAGGUACUUUCCAUCCAGCUGCUUGGACUUGAACUCUCCCACCAGCCCGACUCCCACCAGGCACAGCGACUCGAGAACUUUGCUCAGCCCCUCGGGGAGGAAUAACCGAAGCGAGGGCACUCUGGACUCACGCCGAACCUCAACCAGGCACUCCAAAACGAUGGAGGAGUUGAAACUGCCGGAACACAUGGACAGCAGUCAUUCCCAUUCACUGUCUGCACCUCACGAAUCCUUUUCUUACGGCCUGGGCUACACCAGCCCCUUCUCCUCUCAGCAGCGUCCUCAUAGGCAUUCCAUGUAUGUGACUCGGGACAAAGUGCGAGCCAAAGGCUUGGACGGAAGCUUGAGCAUAGGGCAAGGGAUGGCAGCCAGAGCCAACAGCCUGCAACUCUUAUCACCCCAGCCUGGAGAACAGCUCCCUCCAGAGAUGACCGUUGCAAGAUCUUCUGUUAAAGAGUCCUCCAGAGAAGGCACCUCUUCAUUCCACACGCGUCAGAAGUCCGAGGGUGGCGUGUAUCAUGACCCUCAUUCUGACGAUGGCACAGCUCCCAAAGAAAACAGACACCUAUACAAUGAUCCUGUCCCAAGGAGAGUCGGUAGCUUUUACAGAGUGCCAUCUCCACGUCCUGACAAUUCCUUCCAUGAAAAUAAUGUGUCAACCAGAGUUUCCUCCCUACCUUCAGACAGCGGUUCUGGAACCAACCACUCAAAAAGACAACCAGCGUUUGAUCCAUGGAAAAGUCCUGAAAAUCUUAGUCAUUCUGAACAACUCAAGGAGAAAGAGAAGCAAGGUUUUUUCAGGUCAAUGAAAAAGAAAAAGAAGAAAUCUCAAACAGUGCCCAACUCCGAUGGCCCUGAUCUUCUAACAUUACAGAAAGCCAUUCAUUCCGCUGGCACUCCAAGCAGCAGACCAAAGGAGUGGCGCCCUGAGAAGAUCUCAGAUCUGCAGCCCCAAAGCCAGCCGUUAAAAUCACUGCGCAAGCUGUUACAUCUCUCUUCAGCCUCGAAUCACCCGGCCUCCUCAGAUCCCCUCCAGCCUUUAACAGCUCAACAAGCCAAAAAUUCCUUCUCAGAAAUUCGGAUUCACCCCCUGAGCCAGGCCUCUGGUGGAAGCAGCAACAUCCGGCAGGAGCCCACAUCAAAGGGCAGGCCAGCCCUCCAGCUGCCAGGUCAGAUGGAUCCUGGUUGGCACGUGUCCUCUGUGACCAGGAGUGCCACAGAGGGGCCUUCCUACUCUGAACAGCUGGGUGCCAAGAGUGGGCCCAACGGGCACCCUUAUAACAGAACCAAUCGCUCAAGAAUGCCAAAUCUGAACGAUUUAAAAGAGACAGCCUUGUAAUUUGUGCUGGGGUAGGGGGCGGAGGGUAAGCC